AUGAAGACCUUCAUUUCUCUAAUCGCCUUUCUCUCUAUGCUUUCCCUCUCGAUUGGGCUCGCACCAAACUACAUUUCGCGAUCUCCUUCACCAGCACCCGCUCCAGUGCCUGGAUUCCUCGAUGGCGUCCUGGACGGCUUAUCCGAUGGGAUUCACGCCUUGAGUAAAGCUGGAAAACUUGUGUUGGAUCAGCUCGAUAAAGCCGAGCAAGAGUUGCUCGAACGUGACGAUCAACUCGUGGUUGACGGAUGCAACAUCGUGAGAUGCGGAGUGGAGCUCGGCUUCACGUCUGUGAAGUGCCUCAUUGACGUUGUGGGUACCAAGGGCAUUGGCCAGGUUGGCAAAAAGGAAAAGCUUGGCUGCUUGGCUGAAGUCGCUGAGACGAUCGAUGACAUCAAGAGUCAUGAGCUUUGCGAUCACUGCUGGGACGCCAUCAAGAAUAACGUGCUACCCCAGGUAGAAUCGGUGUGA